AAAAUUGAAAAAUCCUCACACUCCCACACUACUCUCUUACAAAAGCGCAAUUUUCGGAUUCGAGCAAAUGCGAAUGAGAACAGCGCGAACCACCAAAACCGAAAACCCUCUCUCUCACUCUCACUCUCACUCUUCUCCUCCCUAACCGAACUAGGGUUUCACCUUCACCGCUUCAAUGGCCGAGUCCGCGUUUCAACUCGUUUCCGAAAUCGGUACCCAACUCGGCCGCCAAACUCGCUCCGGCAAGGAUUCCCUACUCAAAUCGCUCAAACAAGCUGCAAAUGCUUUGUCAGAAAUUGAACAGCCUUCAACGUCCGAAGCUGCAAGGAAGUUAGAAGCUAUUAACAAUCUAGAAGUUUCCACAAAACCACUGAGGAAAGCAAUUGUACAUGGCCUUCUUCAGCAUAAAGAUAAGGAAGUUAGACUUCUAGUGGCCAUCUGUAUUAGUGAAAUAUUUCGGGUCAUGGCGCCUGAACCACCUUUUGAAGACAAAUAUCUUAGGGACAUUUUUAAGCUCAUUGUCAGUAUCUUUGCUGAGCUAGCUGAUACCGCAAGCCCACAUUUUUCAAGAAGAGUUAAAAUAUUAGAGACUAUUGCACGAUAUAAAUGUUGUGUUAUAAUGCUGGAUAUUCAUUGCAAUGAUCUGGUUUUGGAGACGUUUAAUACAUUUUUCUCAGUUGUGAGAGAAAAUCACCAGCGGAGUUUGAUUAAUCAUAUUAUUUCUAUAAUGACACAUAUUAUUAAUGAUGAUGAAGAAGAAGAAGAAGAAGCUUCUCAAACACGUUUGGUUUUGGAUGUGAUUUUGCGGAAACUUGUAAAUGAUGGAAAGGGUGCACCGUGUGCUUAUCAGCUUGCUGUUUCUAUCAUCCAAAAUUGUGCAGAAAAGCUUGAGCCAUUUAUCUGUGGGUUUUUAACAAAAUGUAUUCGGGAUAGAGAUGCUGUAGAGAAUGAGCUCAAAGAAUUUUACCAUGAAAUUAUUUUUCAAGUUUUCCAGUGUGCACCUCAGAUUCUUCUUGCUGUCAUUCCAAACUUGACUCAUGAAUUACUGACUGAUCAAGUUGAUGUCCGAAUAAAAGCUGUUAAUUUAGUUGGGAAACUUUUUGCACUGCCCAAACGGCAUGUUGCACAACAUUACCGUGAUCUUUUCUUAGAGUUUUUGAAAAGAUUCUCUGAUAAAUCUGUGGAAGUUAGAGUGAGCGCUCUACAAUGUGUUAAAGCUUUCUACAUGGCCAGUCCUUCUGGAACAGAAUCUCAUGAAGUUAUCACUGCCCUUGAAGAUCGAUUGCUAGAUUUUGAUGAUAAAGUGAGAACACAAGCAGUGAUUGUUGCCUGUGAUCUUGCCCAGUCGAACCUGAAAUUUGUUCCCCCCAAAUUAAUAUCUCAAACUUCUGAAAGACUUCGGGAUAAGAAGAUAAUUGUUAGAAAGAAGGCCUUCCAUAAAUUGAUAGAAGUAUAUCGAGAUUAUUGUAAUAAAUGUUCUGAAGGCCAUAUGACAAUAAGUGACCACUUUGAACAGAUUCCAUGUAAAAUUUUGAUGCUGUGCUUUGAUAAAGAUUGCAAGGAGUUCAGGUCCCAAAACAUGGAGCUUGUUCUUGCAGAGGAUUUAUUUCCCGUUCUUCUUUCAGUUGCGGAGAGGACAAGGCACUGGAUCCAUUUAUUUUCUCUUUUCACCCCUCUUCAUGUAAAGGCAUUGAACUCUAUCUUAUCCCAGAAAAGAAGGUUGCAAAAGGAGAUGCAAAGUUAUUUGGCUCUACGAGAGAAAGAGAAGGAGACUAGUUCAGAAGAGAUGCAGAAGAGAAUCAAAACUUCAUUUAUGAAAAUGGCUGCAUUGUUUCCUGAUCCUUCGAAAGCAGAAGACUCCUUUCAUAAACUGAACCAAAUGAAAGAUAAUAAUGUCUUCAAUUCUCUGGCACUAUUAUUGGAUGAGCUGAAAAUUGUUAAUGCUCAGACCAUAAGAGAUAAAUUUUUGAAAACAGUAGGUGAUAGACAUCCACAUUUUGAGUUUUUGAGUUCACUAUCCUCAAAAUGCUCGCAUAAUAUAUUUGGUUCUGAGCACAUCCAAUGUAUUUUGGAGCAUCUUUCUGGUAACAGAUAUGGAACUAAGCUCCUGGAGGCUUCUUCUGCCAAACUUCUUCUGGCUAUCAUCAGCAUUUUCCCCUCACUCCUGAGGGGUUCAGAAGCGCAACUUCGAAUGUUAAUAGAGGAGAACAGGAAAAUUAAUGAUAAGCUGAUUGAAGUGUUAGCAAAAGCGGCACCUCAUAUAUCUGUAAAACUCAGUGAUAUAUACCCAAUCUUGGAGAGAGUUUGUCGUGAGGGAAGUCGCAUUGAGGCCAAAUUUUCUGUUGCUGCAAUUGCAGCAUUUGGUGGUGUUUCGGAGCAAUUUGUUUUUUCAAAAUUAUGCAAGGAUCUAGUUGUUUCUCUGCAUGCUGGGCAGAAUAUUCCAACAGUAUUGCAGUCUUUGGGCUGUGUUGCGCAAUACUCUGUUUCAGCAUUUGAGGCUCAAGAUGGAGAGAUCACAUCAUAUAUCUAUGAGAAAAUUUUUCGAGUGGAUUCAUCAGAUAAUAUAAAUUCAUAUAAUGAUGCUUUUGGUUGUACUAGUUCCUGCAAAUUGAAGAUUUAUGGGCUGAAAACACUUGUCAAAAGGUUUUUACCACAUCAAGGAACUCAUGCCAGACGGCAAAUUAAUGAAUUGUUGGACAUUUUGUCAAACAUGUUGCAAAAGGGAGAUGCUUUUGAUGGUAUCAUCACAUGUGAAAGUGAUAAGGCUCACAUGAGAUUAGCUGCUGCCAAGUCUGUUCUUCAGCUUUCCAGAAGAUGGGAUUUGCAUAUUUCACCAGAGAUUUUUCGCUUUACAAUUUUAGUAGCAAAGGACUCAUCUUUGUUUGUUCGGAGAUUUUUUCUUGAUAAAAUGCACAAACUAUUGAAGGAGCAUGUUAUUCCUAGUAGAUAUGCUUGUGCUUUUGCAUUGGGCACCUCAGACUGUCUCAAAGAUCUUCAGGAUGAUUCAUUUAAAUAUAUGGCAGAAUUUAUCAAGGAAUACAGUAGAGAAGCUCGAAUCCGUCAAACUUCUUCUGCGCAAGGAGGAACAAUCACCGAUUAUCCAGCGUACAUAGUGGUAUUCUUGAUAUAUUUUCUUGCUCAUGAUACAGGCUUUCCAUCUGAAAACUGUCCAGAGGAAGAAAUAUAUGCCCAGUUUUGCAGUCCACUUUUUAAUUUAUUGGAGGCAUUAGUCAAUGUUACUGUUGUUGAUGGGGACAUGGAUCUUGUUAAUGAUGCUCUCUUACUUCUGCUCAGUAUUUUUCGGGCCAUUAAGAAAGCCGAGGAUGUUGUUGAUGCUCGGAAUACUCCAAGGUUGCACAUCAUAGCAGAUUUUGGGUUCUCCUUUCUAAAAUCAUUAAAUCAUAAUGAUGCCUCCUCAGCCCAUGCCCCAGCACUGAUCUUGCUGCCAUCAUCAUUCUUUCGAGCAUAUUCAGGAUGUCUCAAUCAGUCCCCUUUCAAUGACUGUUUUAUUAAGAAGGUUGUUCAGAUGUUUAAAUCUCAUCUCUCUCUGCCUAUUACUGCUCUUCCCAAACAUGGUCGGAAGUGCCAAGAGGAUAACACAAAGUUAGCGAUUAUUAAGAGCAACACAUUGUGCUUGGCACCUAGUGAGAAAGUUGAUUUGUCCACAACUGAAGUUGAAACCAGAAAAAAUAUGAGGCAGGAUAUUACUGUGGGACAUAGGCAAAAACAGGCAGUCAGUUCUGAAUCAGUUCGAUUGCGUGAGUGUUCUAUAAAUCACCAACAUAGUGCAUCUAAAAAGUCCAAACGAGUUCUAGAGAAAGAGCCGCUCUCAUCUUGUGAUUCUGUAACUCGACUUUCUCUGGCUGAAUCACAUAUUGCAGUUCAAACUCUAGAAAGAGAUGCCCUUUCUUUGAAAGAAAAUGUCAGGGCAAGUAGCAAUGUUGUUUCUGAUCCUCCCAAAUAUUCCAAAGCCGAGGCCAAAGACACUUGCAGCUUAAAUGAAUCUAAUAAUAAGAGUGAGACUUUAAUUGGACAGCGGAUCAAGGUGUUAUCUCCAAUCGAUAGAUGUUUCUAUUCAGCCAUGGUGGAUGGUUAUAAUUCUCAAAACAAUACUCACAAGAAAGAAGGGCAAGAAAACUAUGUUCAGUACCCAACAAAUAUAUAUUGGGAAAUAGGGCUGAUACUUCUGAUGAUAUGUUAGUUCUUUGGUUGGUGGGACAUUGUUAAAUUUAAUGGAUUAUGGUUUAAGAUAGGGAAAAUUGCUUUUUAAACCCUAUAUUUUAGGGGUGGUUUCAAAUUAAACCCUAUACUUCCAAAAUUUUCAAUUAAACCCUAAAGUUUAAGGCUGUUACAAAUUAAACUGCAUUGUUACUUUAGUUUUAAAUCGAAUUAUGAACUUUUAAAUUAUAAAGCCCCAAUCAAACCCAAAAAUACCAGGGUUUGAAUUGAUAUGAUUUCAAAAGUUCACGGUUCAGUUUGAAAUAGCAAAAAUGUAAGGUUUAAUUUGUGACUGUCUUAGACUUCAAAUUUUUGUCAUUUAUCUUUUUGACUAAGAAUUACAAUAGUAUGUGCUUAAAGAAUUAUGUAGAUAUCCGUGUCGUAUUUUAUUCUAGUUUCCAAGAAUUGGCGUAUUGAUUCUGUAUUGUAUCAUGUGCGUGUCUUGUAUCAGUAUCACUGUUCUCUAGGAUUCAAGUCACAGCUACAUUUUAUUAUAUACACAUGUAUGAGGUAGUGCAUAUUUUACCUAAAUUUGUUUUUCCAUUAAACAAUAAACAUAGCAAUAGUAUUUUUAGGUAGAUACGCCAAUCUUAAAUCAGUUUUAAGUACAAGAUCUGGAGCUGACAGACUGGUUUGAGUGGAGAAAAAAACGGUGAUUGAACUUAAAAUCUUGUUGGUAGAUAAGUUAUUCUGGAAGUUAAAUAGAUAGAGCUCUUUCACAGUCCACUUG